GGAAAGAUGGCCCACACCCAGAUCUCUAUGUACCUGCCCCCCGAUGUCAACCCCACCCAGGCUGCCAUUGCCUAUGGCUGUCGGGCCCUGCCCAAGCUGAAUGAGGAGCUGCAGUCGGAGGACUUGUUGACAAGGCAGAAAGCCCUCAUGGCUCUGUGUGAUCUCAUGCACGACCCUGAGCAUGUCUAUGUGGCCAUCAACAUAGGCUGCCUGGAGAGUCUGAAAGCUUUGCUGAAGGACAGCAACCACAUGGUGCGGAUCAAGACCACCGAGGUGCUGUGCAUCAUGGCGACCCAUAAUGUGGGCAGAGAAGGCUUUUUGAAGCAUGACAUCAUCGCUGCCCUGUCCGGCCUGCUGAACGACCCCCAGACAGCCUGCCGGGAGAACCUGCACUUGGCAUUCAAGCACCUGGCCCAGCUGCCUUCAGGGGCCCUGGGCAUCGUCAGCAGCGGCCUGGUCCACUCACUGGUGUGGAAGCUGCAGAGGGAGGAGGAGAAGAUCCAGGAGCUCCUCCUGGACACGCUGGCGGCCUGCCUGCUGGAGGGUGCCACCGAGGCGCUGAAUAGCCGCGUGGUGCCCUUCCUGAAGGAGAAGCUCCUCAGUGGCAAUGACAGCAUCCGCAGCAAAGCUGCCUGCACGCUCAUUGCCGUCAGCAUCCCUCUGGAGGGCAAGAAGCAGGUGUGUCAGUACGAUGUCAUCCCCAUCCUGGUGCACCUGCUGAAAGACACGGUGGACGAGGUGCAGGCCAGUGCUGCUGGGGCCCUCAUGUAUGCCACGGUGACCACUGAAGGGAAGUAUGCUGCCCUGGAUGCAGAAGCCAUCCAGCCGCUCCUGCAGCUGCUGAGCUCGCCGUUGAGAAAGGCCCGCCUGAACGCCAUCAAGGCCCUCACCAUGCUGGCUGAGGCCCCCGAGGGCCGCAAGAUCCUGCAGGUCAGCGUGCCCACCUUCCGUGACCUUGAGAUGGAUGCCAGUGAGGCUGUGCAGCGGGCAGCCCAAGUGGCCAUCAAAGUCAUUGAGUGGAAACCCUGAGCCUCUUAUGAGGCCAGACCU